CAGGUUUCUCUGGUUUGUUCAUAUAAAAUGGGGUGCUAUUGUUUGGAAUCUGUUGAAUCAUAAUGGGAACUCAGGAUCCCAUUCAUGCAUCUCCAUCUACUGAUAUAGAAUCCAAUCUCAGUGAUACUGAAUAUCCUAUCAAGUGCAUUCUUGAGGAGUCAAGAGACAAAUAUUUAAUUGCAUGGGAAAGGGAUUAUGACCCAUCUUGGGAACCCAAGCAUUUUGUGAAUGACGCUGCUGUGCAUGCAUGGGAGUUAAAGAAAAAUAACCGAUACCAAGCUGCCGACAGAUAUCGCAGAGAACAUCCUCUUCGAAACUGUCACUUGUCUUAUAUCAAUUCUCUAUCUCAAUCUUCUCCAUCCUCAACGCUCUCUGCCUCCAAUUCCGGAAGCCAGAUAUCAUUGAACAGUGGCAACGUUUUUGCCCCCCAGUCCACGCAGCAAUCUUAUUCUUCAAUUUCUGAUCAAGGGGGAUCAUUAGGUAAAAAUUCUUUUUAUCAAAUUCCAUACAGCCUAGCAACACAGUCUUCUGGUACCUUUUCUCCCCAACACCAAAGGCCACUUUCACAAUCAGGGGCUGAGAAUUGGACCAGUUCGCCUGAGUUAGCCAAUUCACCUCAUCAGUUUACACAAGCGGGAGUUUCAUCAAACAGUCCUGAAAAUUCAUUGCAGCCUUUCCAAGCAACUGGUGGAUUGUCUCGGUCUGAAGACCCAGCUGAAGCGUCGUACCAGGUCAUUGAUCUGUCACAGCAAGCCAAUUCGCUCGAUCGACAAUCAUUGACUACUUCCGGUAAUAGCUCGGCAAGAGAUUAUCGUCUGAUCUCUCCUCGCACACGUUCUCCGAAAAAGCGGCCUUCGAGGCUCCCUUCAAUUUACGGGGGCACCACCCAGUCUCUUUCAUUAACACCACGUUUCCAACGCCAAAAUCUACCAACUACUAAACAAAUCCGUGCCCAUACGUUCUCUUAGGAAGUUGCGGAGACACCUCUGUCGCAACUUUGGAUAGAGGAGAGGAUAGAGGACUUACUCUCAGACAGCGGUCCAUUAUCUACCUCUCAAUUUGAUCCUUUAAUUCCCUCGAAUAACACGCCUGAUAAUUUAUUUGCUUGGAAAACGCCGUAUCGCCGCCAGGCGUUAUCCGACGGACUAAGUAUAGUACCGGAAACCGUUUAUAGCAAUUCGACAAUCGCGGGGGAACACUUAGGCUCACAUCCCUUUAUCGAAGAAUCAAUUUCCGUAUCCCAGGGCCCCAGUUCGAAAUCACGACUGUCGAAGACAGUUCAAGAUAGCGAUAGAAGCCGAUUUGGGUUUGAAAUCAGCCCCCUCCUGCAGCAAGGAGCAAGCUAUACAUCUUUAUCACAAGAAAAUCGCCCAAGCAACUGAAAAAUUCACCGCAUAGUUCCGAACAUCCGUCGUACACUAUGGAAGAAUCAUCUAGCAAUGGUUCUCCUCAACCCGCAAAGAGCGUGGCUGAAGCUGCACGUACUAAUCCGGGAACAAGUUACCUGGAAAGGAUGAGAUACCUUCGAGCAGCGGAGCGCGCAAGUAUUAAACCAUUACAAAGCCUUACAGAGAGCGAAACGCCCUCCUCUGCCGGAGACAUCGAAGCGUCUGCACCUCCAGCUACCUCGGAGGGAGUCAUACCUUUAAGUGUCCGUCAUGAUAAAGAGCCGCCGGUCAGGGAAGAUCAUCAAACCGAUUCGCCAGUUUCAUUCGUCGCCCCACAGGCACUCCAUUAUAACCCUGAGCAACCGGCGUUGUUGGGAGAAACUGGGGCAAGGCUGAUUGACACAACCAGUUUGUCUACACCAGCGGCAUCAUUAGAGCUGGCUACUCAACAGUUCGAACAGGAAGGCAAAAGAGAGGAACAAGCAAUCGAAGAGCACAAAGGGAUUUCCCUAGGCCCCUUCGAAUUUGUUAUUCCACUCUCUAUGGAUUCUAGGGUGAAGGACGACUAUGAUCGUACGCUUAGAGAAGCAAGCAAAUGCAUUCGCAGAUUUAUGGCCAGUGCUUCAUGUGCAGAAGGAACAGCUGUUGAAGUUGACGUCGGUUCACUGGCACUUCAGAUGCAACGAAUGAUAGAACAGCUCAAUAAUAUUACCACUCAUCCUGAUUUGAAUUUGCCGGAUCAGCCUAGCAGCGGUCCUCUUGAUGUUGCAAAAGAAGCAUCAUGGGCGGAAUACUCAAGCUCCAAGUUUCAAUUUCUCAGUUACUUCAUGGACGCAGUUUUAGAAGAUCCUUUGGAACGAGCUAUCCAUGUGAUUGUUAUGGUAAAACCUGGUGCAGCCGUUGAUAUUAUGAGAAAGUAUUUUCUUGGAAAGCAAUUGGAUCUUGUUCCCUCUGAGGAACCUGGGAACCAGCAACUGGUGUUUGUAUCUCGCCACCUCAGUUUUCAGAUAUUCACAGCGGGGGAUAAAUCUCCAGCUGCAUCCUACAAAGACCCAACAGUGAUUGUUGCGCUGGAUAACGCUUUCAGUGCAGAUGAUCCACUCGUUCGUAAACUGCGAACUACAGGUUCUUCUGGUCGCCUUGUUCCUGCUAUCAGGCUCAUUAUCUCCAACACCGCCGAGCACAUUGCACUCUGCUUACCCAAAUGCUGUGACUUCGACAGACUUCGCUUGCUUGUCCAGUAUACAAAUUCUUACAGCAGCAUCGCUGGCGAUCUUCAGGAUGAUGCGCUUGGGGUUCAGGAAAACGCUGAGGAAACUCUUCGCUACCUUAUGUCCGAUCCAGACACAAGGGAAUGGCCUCUUGCGGACGUUGAGACAGUGGAGAUUCUAACCCCAGACCAAGCAUCCUCUUUGGAGCCGGAGGAAUUACGUACAAUGUCUGUUUCAAGGCAAAAGCGCUGGCUGGAUGAUGAGGGAGAUGAUGCGGCGAACUCAUCAAAGCGGCAGAGAACGACGCCUCUACAAGACAUAACCCAUAUUAGUGAUUCAGUCAAGGGCCCAAGCCAAGAAAACCAGGAAGCUAGUCGUUUGAACGUCCAGGUCGAACGGGAUAGCGACGCUAUACUCCAAAUAAAUGAGCUGCGAUCCGCCUUGGCGGAUGCCAGAAAACGCUUACGGGCGAUGGAAACAAACUUUGCCAAACUUCAACAUCGUUACGAAUCAAAAAAUGAACUAUAUCAUAAGACUCGCCGAGAACUCGAACAGUCUGCCGAAUCUGCCAAGAAGUCGGAAACCCGGAUUGAAAGACAGAAGGGGGAAAUAAACAAACUUAAGGAUGAAAGGUCUGAGUUGACCAAAGAACUCCAGGAGGCUCGAGAUAUUGUUAAAGCCGGCGGAGGCUUGGCUGCUGAUCUAGAGAUUGCUAGAGAGGAGAUUCGGAAAUUAUCUCAGGAAAAGUCAAACUUGGAGCGGACAGCUCAACAGGAGCGCUCACAAUCCGAAUUUACCCGAUUGCAAUAUCAAAAUGCGUCGAGCGCCGCUGCCCAGUCUGGCAUUGAAGUGCGCCAGCUAAAAGAACAAGUUGAGGAAUUAGAACGGAAGUGUAACGGCGAAGCAGCUAAAUUAAAACAGCUCCGAGAACAAAAUAACGAACAACAACACCUCGAUCGGAUUCGGGAGCUGGAAAACUCGCUUAUGACACGAGAAAAGCUCCUAAUGAUGAAAGAGGAGGAGAUUCGGGAUUUGAGGAAAAAUCGACCAACUACGAGGUCUACGAGUACUCAGCCACGGAGCCCCAAGUUUGCUGGAUCAAGUCGUCCUGCGAGUCCUGCACCAAAUUCGGGAUCAAAUUCAAACACCAUUGGGCGAGGAAGUGUGCUGCGGUUCCGUGUAGAACCAUAAAUAUCGUUUGUCUAUACAUGAAUGGGUACAAAUAUGGGGAUAUUCCUCUGUAAAUGUUGAUGUUGGGGCUUUUGCUGCUUUUGCUUAUUGAACUCUCAAGCUGUCUCCUUUUCUUCUCUUAUUUUGGAAUUGGGUUGACAGAAACCCAGUAUGGCUUAUACCAAUGAAACUAUCUUUAAGAGCUGUGAUGCAG